AUGGAGUACACCAACACCACCAUGAGUACUACCAUUUUCCGCACCCUCGUUGUGCACCCCUCUGCGACCCACCCACCCGCUCCCUCCGCCACUCCCUCCAUGCCCUCCAAGUCCUCCACGGCCAUCGAGGACCUGAAUAAGCUGCCAGGAGGCCUUUGGGCCUUGAUUAUUCUCGUGGCAGCCGUCCUCGUGGGCGGCAUAGUUUGGUUCGCUUACACCAAAGCGACCAAGAAGAAGGAGGAGGAGGAGGGCGAGGAGCCCAAGAAGACCGAGGGGAUCCCAAACUCUUUUGGGGGUAUUCUGGAGGGUCUUUAUGCACAUUUGGCUGACAUCUCGUGGCACAGCCUCGAUACCUUGGCCGCGGCUGCUCUGACCCCCCAGACAGCCCUAAGCAGCAGGUGGCUGCGGGGAGAUGUGGAUCAUGUUCAAGACCGCCCUCUCCCCGUCAUAAUAGAGGCCACUGGCCCCAAUGUGACCCCGCCCGACCCGGCUAGCCUGACUGGUGACAAGGUGAAGUUCAUCCCGGUUCCCCCGGGAUACAGGCUUCUCCCUCCUCCCCCUGCUCCCACCGCCCCGCCCGCGUCUGUGGUCGUGUCUGCGGCGUCUCCUCUCCCCCGCCCCAAGAAGCGAGACCCUCCUGCGCUCUCCGCCACCACCACAACUGUGCGCAAUGUCAGCCAUGGUUUCAAGAAGGUCCUCGACGAGGGGAGUACGGCGGCGGUUGCCCCGGUUGCAUGA